AUGCUGAAAUGUGCAGGCAAUGAUGACAUCAUCACAGUGAAGGCUGAAGACGACGGCGACACAGUCACCUUCAUGUUCGAAAGCCCAAAGCAAGACAAGAUAUCUGAUUUCGAGAUGAAGCUUAUGGACAUUGACAGCGAGCAUCUCGGCAUUCCCGACGAGGAGUACGAUGCCAAUAUCAAGAUGCCAGCAGGGGAGUUCCUCCGCAUUUGCAAAGACCUCAGCUCCAUUGGCGACACAGUAAUUAUAAGUGUGACUAAAGAGGGUAUAAAGUUCGCUACAUCAGGCGACAUUGGUAACGCCAAUAUAGUCUGCAGACAAAAUUUGAAUGUGGAUGAGCACCAAAGAUUGAGGAUGAAGAUGAAGCCAACUCAUGAGGAACCAAGAUCUCCGGAAAUAUCGUGUUACAACCAAAUUGAACUGUGUUCCACAUUUUAA